GGGUGGAGGAGGUUUAAACAUGGGUGUCUGUCGCAGUCCGCUGACUCAGUGCUCAGUGGAGCGAAGAGGGCUGUGUUUGCGAACAAAGACCUAAUUUCUCAACAGAUUGUGAGUGUCAUCAGAGCUGAUGGGUGGAAGCUGCCGUGAAGGUCAGUUCUGGGAUAACUUGCUCAGAAGAUGUAUAGGCUGUCAAACGAUAUGCAAAGAUGAACGUGUCGAUCCCAAAUGCACCAGUUACUGUGAAUCUGCACAUUGUAAAGCACGGCCUGGCCACUACUAUGAUGGGCUGCUAAAGAAAUGUGUAAAGUGUGAUGAGGUUUGCGGUGGACCUCCAGCAGAAUGUUCCCAGCACUGCCAGAAGAUAUUCUUACCAUCUAUCCCCCAAGCACCACAAGUUCCAGUGACCACCAAAAAGCUCUCGGUCGAGGUUAUGUCAUACAUGCCGAAUUCCAGAGGGACCUUAGUGCCAACAACCUUGGAAGACUCGACUAUUCUGCUCUAUUCUCUGCUGGGCCUGUGCAUGGUGCUGCUGUUCUCUAGCUUGUCUUUAGCCUUGGUAGUCUUAGUGAGAAAAACCAAGGCCAAAACCUCCAACCCAGGACCCAGAGAGGCUAACCACAACCAGGAGAGUGUGGUCCAGAUGGGUCAGGAAGUUGGCCGACCUGGGCAGAGCUCUACAGGAGUCGGGAAGGGGCUGGAGCCUAUCCCAGCUGACAUUGGGCGAGAGGCGAGGUACACCCUGGACAGCUCACCAGACUAUCACAGGGUUGACAGUGUGCUCACUGGAAAUGAUUUUAUAACAAAUUCAUACCGCACCACUGACCGCGAGCCAUCAUAUGACUCCAGCCCUACAGAAACCUGCAUCUGUGUCCACUGUUUCCCCGAUCUGAAAGCACUAGGCCAGGGCAACGACAGGCCACCAAGAGCACCUUACAUAUUCUACCAGCAACCUGCAAUUCAUAAAGCCCAGUUCCAGAAUGGAGGACCUGUCUGGACUGAGGAGAACAUAUACACCUCAGGAAUGGAGAUGCAGGAGGAGCCUGCAUUGGGAUGAGGUUCAUCAGUUGUCUCAUAGGACAAGUGGAAUGUCCCCAGACCAUAGGAGAAGAUUGUCAGUGUAUUGAAUUUUCAGUCAUACAUGGAUACUGUCACAAGGCAGUAAAAAGCAUAUGUAAAGAGUAUCACUGAAAAUUAAUCAAGUUAACCUAUUGAGAUCAUGUCCUUUCCCUAAUUGGAGGGACCAAGUGUGACCAGGAGCUUCUUACCAGGUAUUUUUGGGCUUAGCGAGCACCAAUGUUAAGGCCCUAACACACCAAUUUGACAGCAAAGAAAAGACUGACUAAUGCUUUGCUUCAUGUUGCCUCAUGACUUCUGAAACAAAUAGAAACAUCAAGGGACAAAACAAAGUAGCUAACUAUUUACAUGACACUGAAUCUCUGAAAUGAUCUUGUCAUAUGCAAAUUGUGGAAAGUUUCUGCUGGCACUGUUAGGUUUUGCUUUUCAGCUAAUAAUCCUGUCAUUGUGGAAGAACAAAGACAAGACGGAGGUGAACAAUACAGAGAAAUGGGUGAAAUCCCUGCUCCGCUGGGCUGGACAGUUCUCUCUAACUGACUGCCUCUGAUUCCACAAGUCAAACGGCCAUGACAAGGACUGACUAGUGCCAAUGGAGGAAACCUACCAGUUACAGUCACCCGCACAAGAUCAAUGAUGACCCAACAGCAUCUGAUUGCUAACUGUUAUCUUGGCAUGUCACAUCACAUUUCCAGAAGACAUCUUGGUCACACUUUACUUGAAGGUAUCUACAUAGGAGUGGCAUGACACUGUCAUAACUAUGACAUGAACUUGUCAUGAAC